UUCGCGGUUCGCGACGUCACGCGCGCGCGCUCGGCACUCGCGCGCGCUCGUCGAUCGAGACGAGAACCGCGCGUCGAUCGCUCGCGUCGUCGUCGAAGCCGCGACGCAGAGACGGCAACGAGACGGACCCGCGUCGGCGCGAAUCUGAUCUCGAGCGCGACGGCGCGCGCGCGGUAGACGCGAACCGAGGUCGAGGUCGAGCCGGUCGCGAUGGACGUCGACCAGGAGCAGUAUUACGACGACGGGGGGGGAGGAAGCCGGAGAAGAGGACGCGGACGAGGCGAUCGCGGCGGAGAUCGACACCACCCGUACGGCGACGACGGCCACCGCGGCGGACGAGGCGGGGGACGAGGCGGGGGAGGACGAGGGCGAGGACGGCGCGACGACGGCGCGCUGUCGUUUCGUGAUUUCUGCUACAAGUACUUGCGCGACGACACCACGCCCGCGGAGGCUGAGAGGCGAUACGAAGAGUACAAGAAGGAGAAUCAAGAGGCGUUUUACGAGAGGUACUUUCGAGAUCACAGGCACGACGAAGGCGAACGCGCGCGAAAUGAUCCGCGCGUGCUCGUGGAGACGCUGAAGAGACGCGACGAGCUCGCUUGCGCCCGUGCGCACGAGUUCUUCGCGUCGAAAGCGGACGGGAGCUUACGGAUUUACGACGAAGGUGACGCGGAAGGAAAAGACGCCGACAUGGGCGAAGGCGAACACCAAGGUGAACACCAGCAGGAAAAGAGGCGCUCGAUGGUGCCCAUCGAAGCGUGGCACCCCACUCGCCUCGGAACCGACUAUAAGCAAACCGGUCGACUCAUCGCCGCCUUGGACGCGGAAAAGGGCAUCGACAACAAUCCAUUGUUGGACGGCGACGAAGACUCGGGGAUGGACGCCGAAGCCGCCGAGGACGACGUCGCCGCGCUCGAGGCGCUCGGAAACGAGGCUAGCACGCCGGAGAAGUUGGACGAGCGAUUGUGCUACUUGGUUCGCGUGCACGGCGUGGAUUACUACAGACGUAUCUCCGAAAUGCAACCGGUGACGUUUCUUGAAAAGCUUCCCUCGGCGUUCGCGAAGCGCGAUCCAAAGCCGGAGGACACCCCGGUCUCCUCGAUUGCGCAAAAUCCGUACGCCGUUCGUCUGUUCGCGACGGUCGACGCGAACGUGAAGCGACGCAUCGCGGAGGGCGAUCCCCAGGUGAAGAAGCUCGGCACGUCUGAGAUCGAGAGCAAGCUCGACGAGUGGAUUCAAUCUUGCGUCGUGAAACACGACGAGCAAAGAUUUGGUUGCACGUUGAGCACCAAGCUCUUUGUCGCGGAAGAAUUCGUCAUCAAGCACAUCAAGACGAAGCAAGCGCAUCACGUCGAAGACAUGCGAGAGCGGCUUUUUGACGAACAGUACCGCAAGAAUGUCGUCGAAUUCUUAAAGUACGACGAACACCGCAAGGAGAACAAAAAGGAUCACAAAAAGCGGUUCGGAGGGGUGAUGAUGAUGCAAGUCCCAGGCUCCGGACCCGACGGUCAGUUCGUGCAGGUUCCCAUGGGAACUGGCGGAGCGAAGAUGAUCAAGGGAAUGGCUAGGUACACGGACUUGGACGCCGCCGUCACUGAGAGCCGCGUCGUCAUCGAUUACGGCGACAUCUAAUUGCCGAUACGUUUAGAGAAAGGUGC